AUGUGGCUGUCUGAUUAUGUUCGAGAAUCCGGACAACAGCACUAUGACCACUAUACUCAAAUGAAGUCACGCCAGUCUAUAACUAUAUCUUGCAGACGUGCACCGGCGGAAUUGGUAUCGCUUGGGUUCCUGGGCCUGACGGGGACGACCAGGUGA